AUGCUCAUGUCGUUGUUUGAUCCCCUCCCGUCGCAAGUCUUUCAAGAUAUUUUUGAUUUAUUAUCGAAAGAAGAUGCAUAUAAUUGUUUGUAUGUCUGCAAAUUAUUUCAAAAAUAUGCCCUCGUAGUAUACUAUAGAGAAAUUGUAUUAAACAAGGUCCGACUGGAAGAUAUGACAUGCUUACAAAAUCAUGGUAUUGCUAGAAGUCGUUUAUACCAACACGGAGCUUUGGUUGAAAAAAUUACAAUAUGUGAUGACAAGCAUGCCAAUAUAGCUCCAGGCCGUAUUAUUAGAGAUUUAGCCCGUGUGCUUCCAAACUUAAAAACCAUCGAUAUCUCUUCCAGUAACUUUUGUAAAGAAUUUCUGUAUUAUGGUCUGAAUAUUGAAACACCCACAAACAACCUAAAUCUUGAACAACUCAUUGUUCCACAAAGAAAAUGCGUUCCCGUACAUGAGGAUGCCCAAAAAUUAACAGAAAUACCCUUUCUAUAUAAUUCCGCAUGCAACAAGUUCCGUCAGACUCUCAAACAUUUGGUAAUUCGUGAUAUUGAAUCACAAUAUUGGUUUAACAAAAAGGAUAUGUCUUAUUCCCGUUAUAUUACUCAGUUUCCGAACCUCACACACUUAACCGUCUGGAAUAACUUUGCGUUUAAGACCUUUAGCGGCGACGAUACUACAGUUCUGAGUGUCAUUCUCAAAGCAUGUCCCUUCCUCGUUAGCAUAGAAUUAAGAAACAGCUUUGCCUUCGAAGGAAAUUGCGACGCGAGUUCACAAGAGAUGCUAGCCUUAAACAAGGAGAUUCAUCAACAUGAAACAAAUCGACACAACGAACAGCGUCUAAGAUAUGACAUAACACCAGCUGCUAGUCCAGCUGCACCGCCCUUAGUUGUUACCAAUGGUGUUCCAGCCUACAACACACAAAUGAAAAGGGUACAUCUUGUAUUGCCUACAAUUAGUGUCGUUGAAAUGGAUUAUCUGAUGACGUUUAUUCCAUCACACCAAUUACAGAAAUUUGAACUAAGACUCACGAGAGAUACAAUCGACAAUUGGAUUGAAAAAGAUACAAUAACAGCAUUUGCAUUUGCUCAAUAUCUAUGUGUGGUUCCCAGCUUGGUAUUUGAAGUGAGCAAUCUGUCAAUAGACGUCAACACAAAGAAUCUAGGACCCAACCAAGCACGAAAAAAUAAACUGUUAAAAGACUUUGUACACGUCUUGUUAGAUAAUCGUCGUCUCGAAACUUCACGUGCUGAAAUCAACGUGUUCAAUGGUAGAAAACCCGUCAAAAAAUUCGUAAACUUUAGCUUCAAUCUUGUUAAUCAUCGUACUUUGAAGUUUGAAUACGCCCUGUCGUACGGGGAUUUCAUUAGGGAGCAUCCCGAAACUACAAAGUCGGCUUUUUUAGAACUAUUCGCUGGUUUCUGGAGCUGCGCCAAGUCUAAUACUUUAGACUUGCAGUUGUCGUAUGGUGACCCAACUGCAGUGAUCAAGUAUGCAACAAAAAAAAUGAAUGAUGUUGAUAUUCUAAUCGUUGGUUGUCGUAAAGUAGAUAUCCGAGGCAAGCAGUAUCGGAUUGAGUGUAAUAGAGAAUACGACGAGAUCUCUUUGUAUUUAGUGAAUUUGAAUAUUGAUUUAGAAGAAAAGCAAUUUAUACAUUGGGCCAUCAUGUUACCCAACGUCACGUUUCUGUCACUUGAAAACUGUAACUUCCCCUGCAAUAUACAGCCCAAGAAAAAAUUGUUUGACAGGUUGCUGAAGCUUGAUCAAUGUGUGCCGUUUGAAUACGAUCACUACACCCUUGAUUUAACAAUGUUCAGAAAAUUAGAGUAUGUUACUUUUACUCUUCCGCCAAUUAAGUUAAAUUGCAAAAAAAGUCAUACUAUAUUCCAAACUGAGUUCAUAACCGGCGUUAAAGGAAGAGAUAUCAAAUUUCGCAAAUCUUCAAACAUUCCCAAAGACAGGGUGGUGUCUGUUACGGACGACACAGAUUUAAACACAACCUACGUUCCCGUUCGCUCUUUGGACAGAAGAAUGAUUUCUAUCAAAUCGUACAAAGCAGUCUCUGUUACAAUAUUUAACGAAAAUGACAGAGGAGACGAAGAAAAGAUAAUUUUCGGAUAG